AUGCCACUGAGGCUUCCAAAAUGGCUCGAAAAGCUGCAAGGAAAAUUGAAUUGGUCUCAAUGGCGCAAAGGUCUUCAUGACGCCUUUCUGCAUGUCGAUCCUGCUUCCUGGGAUGUUAUUAUGAACAGACUCGAUGACACCACGAUAAAGCAGGAACCAGUGACUAUUAGAGAGGCAGAAGCUAUAUAUCUAUUAGCCACGGAGCAAGAUGAUUCUCUCAAUGCCACUGCAGACCUCAGUACCAGUGCCAAUUUCAAUGGCGAAUUGGACUCCGAUACUGACGAGAACCCCGUUACCGAUGACGAGCCAGUUGUCACUGUGGCAAGGGCCAUGACACAAAGCGUUUCCACACUCUCCGGCGCUCAACAAUAUCAGCCCCGGAGAACGGCAGAGCCACUCGCCGUGAUUGAGCGAUUCAUGGAUGCGCAUGAAGCUUACGUCAAGCUCGAGAGCCUCUACGGUAAAACUUCUGCCCAGUUUAUCCACAUUGCGUGGGAAAAGUUCAGCAGGGUCCGUUACUCUGCUCAUGGCCUUACUCCCGCUGCUUUUGUUGAUCGCUUCCAGAAGAGUCUUCGGGAUGUCAAAGACCAGUGUGUGGAGGUUCCCCCUACCGUGGAGCUUGCCCAGUUUCAGCAGGCGAUCAAACCGAACCCGAACCCAACUACAUUCAUGCCAGACAUGAAAGUAGAUAUUUAUGAUCCGAACUUUAUGAAUGGUGUCUACGCAGACUUCCUUGAAGACCAGCCGCCAACAUGUUAG